AUGAGACUGCAGAGAAAUCACUAAGGAGCCAUACAAAUAUUAAAAAACAAAAUUGAAUCUUAUGAACACCUUCAAAAAUAGCAAAUUUUGUGUUAAUUAUUUCCAGAUGCUAGAAUGUGAUUAAUAUUUGACUAAUUUAAUAGAAAAUGGAUAAAACUCCACUUAGAUAAAGUAAUUUUAACAACCUAUCAUUUGAAUUAAAUGCUAUUUAGUUAGAAUCAAAUACCAACUCAUGUUUAUUAUAUUAUAGAAGGUGAAGUAAGAUUAGAAGAAACAUAAAUUGAAAGAAGAAAACCUAAAAAUAAUAUGUUUGCUUCUACAUGUAUGGCAAAGAAUAGAACUUUGUUAAUAAAGUCUGCUGGCUCUUUAGUUGGAGUAUGAAAAUCAUUUAAAUUUUAGGAAAUUGAAGCAUUGCUUGAAAAACCUUAUCAGACAACAGCCAAAAGUAAUGUUCAUUACAGUAAAAUACUAUUAAUACCGGAAGCUAUUUACAUAGAUUUAAAAAAACAAGAUUAUUUGCAUUAGAGUCUUGAAACGUAACAUUAAAAGGAUUAAUUAAUCUUGAAGAAGAUCAUUUAAUUAAAGCGAAGAAGAUUAGAAUUGUAAGAUGUUUCUCCAGAUAGAGAUUCACCUUCCUAAACAAAAAUAAGUAGAGAAGACUUCAUUGUUUAAUAAAAUAAAAGAAUAUAAAAGAAACAAAAUUUUGAAUUCAUUAAUUUAACACCUGAAGCUCCUUUGUUUUCUGUUAAAAAACUUAAACGAGUUGCUGCUCCUGAUGAAAAACUAGAGAAUAGAACUAGAUCUAUAUCAGCUCCUACCAAAGCUAAAAUGUUAUCUACUAUAAAAAGUAUAAAUAGUACAGAGAAAAUAUUAAAAACAGAAGAGAUUACACGAUCUCGUGCUAAUACUAUUAAUCUAGGAGAAAAGUGUAGACCUGGUUCUCGAAUUUUUUGGUAAUAAAUAUUUCAGAAACUUUGA